GAGAAUCUUAAGCACACUCUACGGUCAGCACAGAACCCGGUGCAGGGCUUGAUUUCACAACCCUGAGAUCAUGACCUGAGCUGAACUCAAGAGUCCAGCGCUUAACUGACUGAGCCACCCAUACACCCUUAGUCACUGACAUUUUAAUCACUCUGAGGCUUGUUCUCAUUCCUAGGUCUAGGACUUGCAGAUUUGGGGUACCCUGCCACUAACCUUCAAGGAGUGAAUGAUUGCUGACUGGAAUGUUGUCUUUGUGGAGCAUAUGUCAAAUAUGAUGACCACUUUGACCUAUCAGAUCCAACCCUUGCUCCUUUUGAUAGAUAUGUAAAUGAGGGAGUCAGAUGUCUUAAGUAAAUCUACUAGCAUUUAAAUCUGAAAGCCGAAGUGUUUGAGCACAGGUGUUUGGGCACAGGUGGUAUAUUUAUAUUUAUAUGUAUUUCCCCUGGACUUCCUGAAGGAGGAGAUGUGGAUCAGGUGUGGUCAGUUGGCUGUAGUGACAGUGCUGAAGAACAGAACUCUCCCCUGUGCUUACAGUAUCAGCUGAUACUGUAAUAGUUCCUUGAGAGCUAACGUGCUACAUCUCUUAACUACUAAAGCCACCAUUUUGGGCCAGGAAAACACUUGCUAACCUCAUCAAAAAGCCUUCAAAAUGAAAUUUGAGAAGAGAGAAAAAAUUCCAGGUAAAUCGUAAGGGAGCAGCCAUAGGCUAGAAUUAUAGUGACAGAAAACAAGAUUGGACAAGGACCUGUGUCUAAUUCACAGGAGGACACAGAGAACAAAUGCUGAAGAUUUCUGAUGUUUUUGCAUCAUAAGUGCCCAUAAAAUCUUGACAGAAGUAAAGACAGUCCUGGGUGCCGCUGAGAACUGGUGAGUGGAGUUCAUAACUAGGCAUUUGAGUGCUCACUAGAGACACUGUGUUAAGAAAGUGCUCUCCAUUUAAUCCUUACAAAAAUGUUAUGAAGUAGAAGUACAGAAAUUAAUCUCCAAUUUUAAGGAGGACACUGAGGCUGUAGAAGGUUAAGUAAUUAGAGCUAGUAAUCUGCUUUUGAUGGAUGACAUGACAGUGAUGUAAGUUCAUUUGUUUAAUGAUUUUACUUGUAAUCAUAUGCUGUGGCUAGGUCGGUCCCUGGCUUACCCAGGAUUACAGUGUGAGCUCACUUGCUCACUCUCCUUGCCUCCUUCACACAGAAGAGGCGAGAAUGAGUCAUGGUUGUGGUUGGCGUGAGUCUGUUUUGCUACUCCGUUAGCCACAUGGCAGUUCUACUGGGAACAAAAUGACAAGGGAAUAUAGCAACAGUUCUCUCUUUUCAACUUCUGACUGCUUUUAGCAGUCACAUACUCAGCCUUGCUGGAUCACCAGCAGUCAUCCAAGAUGUCACUCUUUUUUCGCUGCCUGCCUACCUGUGGCUUCUCUUCAGUUCCUCCGUCAACAAGCCAGCUUAAGUUGAGUGUGUUCCCCUUGUGGCAGCCCUUGCAGUUUCCUCUGUAUUUGCUUGUCUUUCUCAUUUUCUCUUCUGCAUCCCCAUUGCCAUCUGCAUUUCAGCCUUGAUAAAUUAUUUGCAGUUCCCCAAAUGUCUAGUUCAUGUUCCUUGAACCUUGCCUUGUCUGUCUGUUAUUGAUAAUGUUCCCUCUGGGAAGCUUCCUCCCUUCCUCAGGGCAGAGUUAGGUAUUUUCUCUUUGUUGAUUUUCUUCAAGUAUCUGAUUUUUGGUUGUCUCUUGAUAUUAUGGAUGAAGGUUUAGGUUCUAGAAUCUAGGGUUACUAAUGUAGGUAACUGGAGUAAGUCUCCUCUUAACUUUUCCUCCAAUUUUCCACAUUCCUUAGUGGCGCCUGCCUUGACCAGAAUGGCUGGUACUGAGCUCUGUGUCUGAGAAGUGUAGGGAUUGGCAGGCUUCACUGUAGGGUGUGAUGGAGGAGAGUGGUGGUCGUUUCCAAUAAAGAAGACUUUGAUCUGGGGCACCAUACCCCUUGCAGGAGCCCUGCCUGCCUCCUGCCUAGGUUUUGUUUCUUUAGAGAGUGUUUCUUCAGUUUUAGGCUGGAUCAAGUGUAGCUGCUGUGCAUGGCCAUGUCGUCAAGGGGUGGGAGGUGGGUAGGAGGGGUUGAGUAGUUUUGGCCUUUCUAUCCUUGGGCAGUCUUUUUGCUCCACACCUGUUUCUGCUCUCCUAGCUCUGUUGGAACCUCUUUAGAACUCCACGGGAGGAUGGCACAUGCAUCCAUACAGGACUUGUCUCCUGUUUAUUCUUGCGCUGUAGCUUUCUUUGCUUUUGUCUGUAUGCCUCAGCUCAGAAGAGAUACAUUACCUUGUUUCCUAUCAUUUCAAUAAGGUGGAGUGGAAAGGAAGAAGUGGACCCAUUUACCCAGUCUCUCUAUCAUUUUGAAAUCCUGAACCAGGGGUUCUGUUGACAGCUUUCAGCAUUUGUGAUUUUAAGAAUUGAAACAAACUUCUAUAAUGAGUGUAUUAUUGAUUCCCAGAAUAGUUUGGAAUGUUUAUGGGAUAUGAAAUUAUUGUAAAGCUGAACUACAUGAUUUUUUUAUGAAUAACUUAUGUUUAAAAAAUAGUUAAUAAAGCUUUUUAGAGCAAGGAAAGCCAACGAUACCCCCACGUACCUGGGCAGGGAGGGGAUUGUGGGGAGGUCUGAGGCAUUGCUACUAGCUACUAAUUGAUAAUUGGGGCCAGAAGCAAGGUAACUCUGGUUCACAUGGUGUUUACGUUCUAGAAUCAGAGGGAGUAGCUUGUUUCCCAGAGUAAAAUUUGCUAAUUUUAGGUUGUCUUCUUUGACAUGAAGAUCAAAGCUCUGCUACUUGUGACUUACUAAAACAGAGUACUAAAUAGUAGCUCCAGAGUUAGAUGGAGGUUGCAAGCUGGGGUUUAUUUCAAUGAAUGAUAAUAAAAAGAGUAAUUUCCAUGUCUUCUAAUAAGAGUGAAAAUGAAUCUGUAUGCAACAUUAUUUUUAUCUCUUAAUACAUUUUGGGAAAGUUAAUUGCAACUGUGUGGUUCAGGGAUUUAGUGCAAGAAGAAGAACAGUUGAUGGAAGAAAAGAAAAAGAAAAAAGACGACAAGAAAAAGAAGGAAGCUGCUCAAAAGAAGGCCACUGAACAAAAAAUCAAAGUGCCAGAACAGAUAAAGCCCAGUGUAAGCCAGCCUCAGCCUGCCAACUCUAAUAACGGCACUUCCACAGCAACCAGCACUAAUAAUAAUGCCAAGCGAGCCACAGCCAACAAUCCGCAGCAGCCACAGCCGCAGCCACAGCCGCCACAGCAGCCGCAGCCACAGCAGCCGCAGCCACAGCCGCCACAGCCACAGCCGCCACAGCAGCCGCCGCAGCCAGCACAGGCCUUGCCUCGGUAUCCUCGAGAAGUGCCACCACGAUUUCGCCACCAGGAACACAAACAGCUUCUAAAGCGGGGUCAGCAUUUUCCUGUCAUAGCAGCAAACCUGGGAUCUGCUGUUAAAGUGUUAAGCAGCCAGUCAGAAAGCAGUGCUUUAACAAAUCAACAGCCACAAAAUAACGGAGAGGUGCAGAACAGCAAAAACCAGUCAGAUAUAAACCACAAUACUUCAGGAUCCCAUUAUGAAAAUUCGCAGCGGGGACCUGUGUCUUCUCCGAGUGACUCUAGCACAAAUUGUAAGAAUGCUGUUGUAAACGACUCCCCUGAAAAAGAAGCAUGGCCCUCAGUCCCUGGCAGUGAUCCAGAGUUGGCUUCAGAAUGUAUGGAUGCUGAUUCUGCCUCCAGUUCUGAAUCAGAGAGAAACAUCGCUAUCAUGGCUUCAGGAAGCACCGGUGGUGAAAAAGAUGGCCUUCGGAAUAGCACUGGACUUGGUUCCCAAAACAAGUUUGUGGUUGGUAGCAGCAGCAAUAAUGUGGGCCAUGGAAGUAGUACUGGGCCAUGGGGUUUUUCCCAUGGAGCCAUAAUAAGCACAUGUCAGGUCUCUGUGGAUGCUCCUGAAAGCAAAUCAGAAAGUAGCAACAAUAGAAUGAAUGCUUGGGGCACUGUAAGUUCUUCAUCAAAUGGAGGGUUAAAUCCAAGCACUUUGAAUUCAGCUAGCAACCAUGGUGCCUGGCCAGUAUUAGACAACAACGGACUCGCCCUCAAAGGGCCUGUAGGGAGCGGUAGUUCUGGCAUCAAUAUUCAGUGCAGUACCUUAGGCCAGAUGCCUAACAAUCAGAGUAUUAACUCUAAAGUGGGUGGUUCUUCCACCCAUGGUACCUGGGGAAGCCUUCAGGAAACUUGUGAAUCUGAAGUAAGUGGUACACAGAAGGUUUCAUUCAGUGGUCAACCUCAGAAUAUUACCACUGAGAUGACUGGACCAAAUAACACUACUAACUUUAUGACCUCUAGUUUACCAAACUCCGGUUCAGUACAGAAUAAUGAACUGCCUAGUAAUACAGGGGCCUGGCGUGUGAGCACAAUGAAUCAUCCUCAGAUACAGGCUCCGUCGGUUAUGAAUGGCACUUCCCUUUCUCACCUUAGCAAUGGAGAGCCAAAAAGUGGAGGCUCUUAUGGUACUACGUGGGGUGCCUAUGGUUCUAAUUACUCUGGAGACAAAUGUUCGAGCCCUAACGGCCAAGCUAAUGGUGACACUGUGAAUGCAACUCUAAUGCAGCCUGGCAUAAAUGGGCCUAUGGGCACUAACUUUCAAGUGAACACAAAUAAAGGAGGAGGCGUGUGGGAGUCUGGGGCAGCGAAUUCCCAGAGUGCAUCCUGGGGAAGUGGAAAUGGCGCAAAUUCUGGAGGAAGUCGACGAGGAUGGGGAACUCCUGCACAAAACACUGGCACUAAUGUACCCAGCGUGGAGUGGAACAAACUGCCUAGCAAUCAGCAUUCCAAUGAUAGUGCAAAUGGCAAUGGUAAGAAGUUUACAAACGGAUGGAAGUCUACUGAGGAAGAGGAUCAAGGUUCUGCCGCAUCUCAGACAAAUGAGCAGAACAGUGUGUGGGCCAAAACAGGAGGUACAGUGGAGAGUGAAGGUAGUACAGAAAGCACUGGACGCCUCGAGGAGAAAGCAACUGGGGAAAAUCAGAGUAGAGACAGGAGAAAAAUUGAUCAGCACACAUUACUCCAAAGCAUCGUAAACAGAACUGACUUGGAUCCACGUGUCCUCUCCAACUCUGGUUGGGGACAGACUCCUAUUAAGCAGAAUACUGCCUGGGAUACAGAAACAUCACCUAGAGGGGAAAGAAAGACUGACAAUGGGACAGAGGCCUGGGGAAGCUCUGCAACACAGACUUUUAACUCAGGGGCAUGUAUAGAUAAGACUAGCCCUACUAGUAAUGAUACCUCAUCUGUAUCGGGGUGGGGAGAUCCCAAACCUGCUCUGAGGUGGGGAGAUUCCAAAGGCUCAAGCUGCCAGGGGGGAUGGGAAGAUGACUCUGCUGCUACAGGAAUGGUCAAGAGCAAUCAGUGGGGGAACAGCAAAGAAGAGAAGUCCGCGUGGAAUGAUUCGCAAAAGAGCAAACAGGGAUGGGGUGAUGGACAAAAAUCAAACCAAGGGUGGUCCGUUUCUGCCGGUGAUAACUGGGGGGAAACUGCAAGGAGUAACCAUUGGGGUGAGGCUAAUAAGAAAUCUAGCUCAGGAGGUAGUGACAGUGACAGGUCCGUUUCUGGUUGGAAUGAACUUGGUAAAACUAGUUCCUUUACUUGGGGAAAUAACAUAAAUCCAAAUAAUUCAUCAGGAUGGGAUGAAUCUUCUAAACCUAAUCCUUCCCAGGGAUGGGGAGAUCCUCCAAAGUCUAAUCAGUCUCUAGGUUGGGGAGAUUCGUCAAAGCCAGUCAGCUCUCCAGACUGGAACAAGCAACAAGACAUUGUCGGGUCUUGGGGAAUCCCACCAGCUACAGGCAAACCCCCUGGUACAGGCUGGCUGGGAGGACCUAUACCAGCCCCAGCAAAAGAAGAAGAGCCCACAGGCUGGGAGGAACCAUCCCCAGAAUCCAUACGUCGCAAAAUGGAGAUUGAUGACGGAACUUCAGCUUGGGGAGAUCCGAGCAAAUACAACUACAAAAAUGUGAACAUGUGGAACAAAAACGUCCCAAAUGGCAGCAGCCGUUCAGACCAGCAAGCACAGGUACACCAGUUGCUACCAUCUGCAAGUGCCAUCUCAAACAAAGAGGCGGGCAGUGGCUCCGGCUGGGGUGAGCCCUGGGGGGAGCCUUCUACUCCAGCCACAACUGUGGAUAAUGGUACUUCAGCAUGGGGUAAACCCAUAGACAGUGGUCCCAGCUGGGGGGAGCCUAUUGCUACGGCAUCCAACACAUCCACGUGGGGCUCCAGCUCUGUUGGUCCUCAAGCAUUAAGCAAAUCUGGGCCAAAAUCUAUGCAAGAUGGCUGGUGUGGUGAUGAUAUGCCAUUGCCUGGAAGUCGCCCCACCGGCUGGGAAGAGGAAGAGGAUGUAGAGAUUGGAAUGUGGAAUAGUAAUUCAUCUCAAGAGCUUAACUCAUCUUUAAAUUGGCCACCAUAUACAAAGAAAAUGUCAUCGAAGGGUCUGAGUGGCAAAAAAAGGAGAAGGGAAAGGGGAACCAUGAAAGGUGGAAACAAACAAGAAGAAGCAUGGAUAAAUCCAUUUGUUAAACAGUUUUCAAAUAUCAGUUUUUCGAGAGACUCACCAGAAGAAAAUGUACAGAGCAAUAAGAUGGAUCUUUCCGGAGGAAUGUUACAGGACAAACGAAUGGAGAUAGAUAAACAUAGCCUAAAUAUUGGUGAUUACAAUCGAACGGUCGGGAAAGGCCCUGGUUCUCGGCCUCAGAUUUCCAAAGAGUCUUCCAUGGAGCGCAGCCCUUACUUUGAUAAGAAUGGCAAUCCCAGUAUGUUUGGUGUUGGAAACACAGCAGCACAACCCCGGGGCAUGCAGCAGCCUCCAGCACAACCUCUUAGUUCAUCUCAGCCUAAUCUCCGUGCUCAAGUGCCUCCUCCAUUACUCUCCCCUCAGGUAGCCAUGCUGAACCAGCUAUCCCAACUAAACCAGCUUUCUCAGAUCUCCCAGUUACAGCGAUUGUUAGCGCAGCAGCAAAGGGCCCAAAGUCAGAGAAGCGUGCCUUCUGGGAACCGGCAGCAGCAAGACCAGCAGGGUCGACCUCUUAGCGUGCAACAGCAAAUGAUGCAGCAGUCCCGGCAACUCGAUCCCAGCCUGUUGGUGAAGCAGCAGACCCCGCCAUCUCAGCAGCAGCCGCUCCAUCAGCCAGCCAUGAAAUCUUUCCUCGAGAACGUCAUGCCCCACACUACACCUGAGCUGCAAAAAGGGCCAUCACCAAUAAAUGCUUUCAGCAACUUCCCAAUAGGCUUGAACUCUAACUUGAAUGUAAAUAUGGAUAUGAACAGUAUUAAAGAGCCACAGUCAAGACUAAGGAAGUGGACUACAGUGGACAGCAUUUCUGUGAACACAUCUUUGGAUCAAAACUCCAGCAAACAUGGUGCUAUUUCAAGUGGUUUCAGGCUGGAAGAGUCUCCAUUUGUUCCCUAUGACUUUAUGAACAGCAGUACUUCUCCAGCCAGCCCUCCGGGUUCAAUAGGAGAUGGCUGGCCACGUGCCAAAUCGCCUAACGGCUCUAGCAGUGUUAACUGGCCACCAGAAUUUCGCCCUGGUGAACCAUGGAAAGGUUAUCCAAACAUUGACCCUGAAACUGACCCUUACGUCACUCCUGGCAGUGUCAUAAACAAUCUUUCAAUUAAUACUGUGCGGGAAGUUGACCACCUCAGGGACAGGAACAGUGGGUCAUCCUCAUCCUUGAACACCACGCUGCCUUCAACUAGUGCCUGGUCAUCCAUUCGUGCCUCCAACUACAACGUUCCCCUCAGCAGUACAGCACAAAGCACUUCAGCCAGAAAUAGUGAUUCCAAAUUGACAUGGUCUCCUGGUUCAGUUACAAACACCUCUCUGGCUCAUGAGCUGUGGAAGGUCCCUUUACCACCUAAAAACAUCACUGCUCCGUCCCGCCCACCUCCGGGACUGACUGGUCAGAAGCCACCCUUGUCUACGUGGGAUAACUCUCCCCUUCGUGUAGGUGGAGGAUGGGGGAAUUCUGACGCCAGGUACACCCCAGGUUCCAGCUGGGGUGAGAGCAGCUCAGGGAGAAUAACAAAUUGGCUUGUUCUAAAGAACCUUACACCUCAGAUCGAUGGCUCAACUCUGCGUACUCUGUGCAUGCAGCAUGGCCCACUGAUAACAUUCCACCUGAACCUCCCACAUGGAAAUGCUUUGGUCCGUUACAGUUCAAAAGAAGAGGUAGUGAAGGCACAAAAGUCUCUGCACAUGUGUGUAUUGGGGAACACUACUAUUCUUGCUGAGUUUGCCAGUGAAGAGGAGAUCAGCCGUUUCUUUGCACAAAGUCAGUCUCUGACCCCUUCUCCCGGCUGGCAGUCUCUCGGGUCCAGCCAGAGCCGGCUGGGCUCCCUCGACUGUUCCCACUCGUUCUCCAGCCGGACCGAUCUCAAUCACUGGAAUGGUGCUGGGCUGUCGGGAACUCACUGUGGAGACCUUCACGGCACUUCACUCUGGGGGACCCCACAUUAUUCCACAAGCCUGUGGGGUCCUCCCAGCAGCAGCGACCCCCGGGGAAUUAGCAGCCCAUCCCCCAUUAACGCUUUUCUUUCUGUUGACCACCUGGGUGGGGGUGGAGAGUCCAUGUAACGUGUCAAUGUAGACUCACGAACUGUGACCUCAAGAAGCGUAAAGAAAGGAGCACUAAGUUGGGCUCGCCGCCUGCAGCCAGGGGCCACCUGUGGGAACAGCUCUUCUCUGCACAUUUUCCACUUUGUUUUCCCUGAAACAUAUCAGUUUGAAUACUUGAAUCAUGCAGGCCAAUAUUAUAAUGUGAAAAGGUAUCUAUCUAUUUACACUCCCAAAUAGCGCCAUACAUGCUAAACCGUAUAGAAUGAGCUCACUUGUGUAUAUUCAUCAUGUUUAGCCUUUGGGUUCUUUUUUUUUUUCCUCCCCACCCUGUCUCUCCUUCCCUUCCCAAUUUCCUUCCCCAUCCCUCACCCCCCGUUUUCCUCUCUCUUUUUCUUUCUCGCUCUCUCUCUUUUUUUUUUUUUUAAAACCAUUUUUUUGGGCUGAUAAUGUAUGAGCUUUUAACUUUGCACUGAAUGAUGUUCUCUCGUCUAAUCGGCAAUAUGGGGGGGCAGCUGUUCCGGUGUAAAUGUUUACUCAAGGAUGUUCUUAAAGGUGUGCGCUCUCUACUAUGCCUUGAUGUUUGCCUACCUUACUGUGGUGUCGUGGAGUUUAAAAGACCCGAGUUCUGAUGCUGACGUAGGACUAUAAAUGAAAGUAUUGCACCAGUGUUUUCAUGUUCUAAAACUAAAGAAUUUCGCUCUGCAGUUUGAAAAACUGUGGCCACAGCUGUGACUUGCAGCCCCCCUGCCACCCAGGACGGGCCCUGCACUUUGAAUAGGCUUUCCAUUUUGUUUUGAAGGUUCCCACGGUGAACCUUCUUGUUUACAGAUUUUUUUGUUUGUUUUUUGAGAAAAAAAAAUGUUUACUCUUCCAUCAUUUAAAAAAAAUUUAAAAGACAAAAAAAAAUAAAAAACAAUGGAGGAUGAUUUACAAGAUGCUUUCUAUCUCUGGGAAAAAGGAGCAGCAUUUGGCCAUGUUCUUUUGUUUUCUAUUCCUGUCCUAAAUCCAAGAGCAUGGUUCUCAGGAAAACCAGUUACCCAGUUAGGAAAAAAAAAAAUUUUAAAAAUAAAAAAAUAAAAAAAUAUCUCCUUGUAGUUUCUUAUAGGAAAAAAAAAAACACGAAAACCCCAACUUUUAGCACUGAUACUACGUAUUGCUCUGUUAAAGAAUUUUCUCUGCCAAAAAAAAGAAAAAAAACAAAAAAACGCUUAAAGCUGGAGUUGACAUUCUGCUUUCAGAUGCUUUUUAUUAGUGAGUGAUGAUGGUUUGCUAAUAAUCAAUAGGUGAUAAUUUUUUGUAACCCCAUCAAGUGGCUCUCUCUGUUUCUGCUCUCCUGUGACUGUGUUAAUGUUGAACUGUUGUACCUUAAAGCCGAAAUCAGUAACUAUGCAUACUGUAGCCGGUAUUGGGCUUACAGAAUUGUUCGUUGUAUAAAGAAAAUUUUAAAUGUUGUUGCAAACUAACGAGUUAUACCAUUUUUAAACUUACUUUCUCCUCGCCCCCUUUUUUUGCCCACAAAUGGUAUUAUAAUGCUUGCUUAGUCAAAGAAGACGGGCCAAACAAGGGUAAACAUUUUAACAGCGCAGAAUUUGCCAUCAUUUCAUUGCCUUGAUCUAACUGUUUGUGUCCUAAGAUGCAAAAGAAGUCAGUGGCUUUUAACUGUUUACAAAUAGAAUGUGAUUGUAAAAUGUACAGUUUGGUUGUGUUUGAAUUAUGAAAUCCUUCCCGAUAUAAUAAACCAUGACUUUUUGGCUGCUCAACAUUAAUUGUCUCUUUUUUGUGAAUUUCUUUGUACGCUCUUUUUUACAAUGAACGUUUCAGCGUUGCUGUAUAUGAGGGUCCUCAUAGAGCAACCGAGUACAAAUCUAAGCAAAUAUUUGAACAUUCUAUCCGAACUUCUCCACAAUUUCACCCUGAAAUAAUGUGAGGACAAUGGGAAACUGUAGCUUGCUCCUUCCUACCCUCUCUGAGCAUCUUUGGGAUCUUGUUGCUCAAAGCUCUCCUGUGACUUCAUCUUCCCCACCAUUUGUGCCCAUCUCAAGCCUCAGCAAGAGACCAUUUGGAACAUGAAGCUUAAUGACUUGCCAGUGUUCUAGUGUUAAACUCUCAUACCUCUGUUACAAAAUGAGAAAUGCCACAACCUGGACUGGCCUUUUUCUUCCCCCUUCAUGGCCCUCUCUCCUGACCGCGGGAGCUCUGGGGCAAAACCUGUGUGUGUAUCCCAGCGUAUGACUUCAAAUCCUGCUCCGGCUUGCCAGGUGUGAGCUAAUGUUGGACACCUUCCUAUAAGCAAAUGUUGUUCAAUGCAUUCAAUGUAUAUUGACUUCCAUACUGGUUUUUCCAAAAACCAAAGGUAGCUUUGAAAAACCACGUUUGGAAAUGUUUGGAACGUUAAGCUGAUUGACCUUUUGGGGCUUUGAGUAGUAUAUAAUUGAAUUCAUAACUGCGUUAAUUGUAUUGUUAAAGUGUUUGGGAGUUUUUUGCGCUUGUUAUGUGGAAAUAAAGUGUUUGAUUUAAAAAAUUAAAAA